AUGGCAAGUGCUAUAUCUCGAAUUUCGCCUCUAAUCCGCUUCGUUAAACCUUAUUCCACCGAUUUUUCUUUCAUCACUUGUCCAUGCAACAGAGCCCAGAGGCCUAAGAGAUUUGAUCAGCUUCGUGUGUUCUCUAUGGCGUCGGAAGCGAAGGAAUCACCAGCAAACAAUCCUGGCUUGUCAGCGAUUCGGGAUGAGGCUACAAAUGGGUAUAUCAUGCAGCAGACUAUGUUUCGGAUCAAGGACCCCAAGGCUAGUCUUGACUUUUACUCACGUGUGCUGGGAAUGUCAUUGCUGAAGAGGCUGGAUUUCUCUGAGAUGAAAUUUAGUUUGUACUUCCUGGGCUACGAGGACACUUCGACAGCUCCAACCGAUCCAACUGAGAGAACGGCUUGGACCUUUGGUCGGCCGGCAACAAUUGAACUGACUCACAACUGGGGCACAGAGAGUGACCCCGAGUUUAAAGGUUAUCAUAAUGGGAACUCCGAGCCUCGUGGAUUUGGGCACAUCGGGGUUACCGUUGAUGACGUGCACAAGGCAUGCGAGAGAUUUGAACAAUUGGGAGUAGAGUUUGUCAAGAAACCCAACGAUGGAAAGAUGAAGAAUAUAGCUUUCAUUAAGGAUCCUGAUGGCUAUUGGAUCGAGAUCUUUGAUCUCAAGACUAUCGGGACAACAACCGGAAACGCAGCUUGA